CCGCUGCGUGGGUGCCCCUCCCCCGAUGCGCCGGCGGUACCGCCCGAGGAGGCGGGGGUGGGCGGUGACCCGGUCGGCCCGAUAGCGGACGGAAGAUAAAGGCGCGCUGCGGACGCCGGCCAUCAGUCGCAGUGGUGACGAGGCAGUGCGCAGCCAUGGCCGCCAAGGGAGCCGAGUACGACAACCCGAUGCUGGAGGGCGGGAUGGGCUCCUCGCAGGACUCGACCCGGCGGCCACAGCAGCAGCAGCAGCAGCAGCAGCAGCAGCAGCGCUACGAUGUCGUGAUCGGGGCAGAGAGCAGCGAGGCCUCGCUCGACUGUUUCUCAGUUCUGCUGAUCGCGCUCUCCUAUCUCCUCUUCAUCAUCACUUCACCCAUCACCAUCUGGACCUGCAUCAAGAUCGUCACCGAGUAUGAGCGGGCAGUCAUCUUCCGUCUGGGCCGGCUGCGCGGCGGCGGCGGCGCCGUCGGCCCCGGCUGGUUCUUCGUGCUGCCCUGCAUCGACACCUACAUGAAGGUGGACCUGCGCAGCGUCUCGUUUGACGUGCCGCCGCAGGAGAUUCUCACCAAGGACUCGGUCACGGUCGCUGUCGACGCCGUCGUCUACUACCGCGUCUCGAGCCCGGCCGUGGCCGUCGCCAACGUCGAGGACUUCGCCCGCAACACGCGGCUGCUGGCCGCCACCACGCUGAGGAACGCUCUGGGCACGCGCACCCUGGCGGAGAUCCUGUCUCAGCGCGAGGAGGUGUCCACCCACAUGCAGGAGACCCUGGACGAGGCCACCGACCCGUGGGGCGUCAAGGUGGAGCGGGUCGAGAUCAAGGACGUGCGCCUGCCGAUGCAGCUGCAGCGCGCCAUGGCUGCCGAGGCCGAGGCGGCCCGCGAGGCCAAGGCCAAGGUGAUCGCCGCCGAGGGAGAGAACCGGGCGUCGCGCGCGCUGAAGGAGGCUGCAGACGUGAUGGCCGACAGCCCGUGCGCGCUCCAGCUGCGCUACCUGCAGACGCUCAACACCAUAUCUGCCGAAAAGAACUCCACGAUCGUGUUCCCGCUACCGAUGGACAUCAUUGGGCCGAUGCUGAACCGCUCCAGCUAGCUCCGAGAAGCGGAUGGGGCGUCCAGAACACAGUUGACGGCUGGGUAGGAGCCGGGAUGUCUGUCACUGUGCUUCCUCGCCACCACGGAUCUGCCAUGGCGCGGUUAGCUGCUGAAGCGUCUAUCCAGACUCGGCGACACUGUGAUGUUACUAUGUGUGAUAGAAACACUUGCAUAAUAUCUCUCAUUUCUCUGGCUCUUGAAGAUGGUGCCAAUCUCGAUUACGCGAAACGCUUACAUCAGUAACAAUAUGCUGUGUAGGUAUUUCUACAAUGUACAUUGCACGGUCCAAUAUGUUAAAUAACGUGAUUUGAUGUUGUUCAGCGAAGACACGUGGUCCUGUGUUGUUUUAAACAAAUAUAAGUCCACAUCAUUGACGAGCG